AUGCAGUUAUUAUAUCAGUUAAUUGAUUAUCGGUGAUUAAAUCUUUGUUUCAGUCUCAUCAUCAGAUGUUUAUUCUUCAUUCAUGCAUUCAGUGCUGUAAUUCCCACAGUCAUCACGAGUGCCAGGGCGUCAUGCUUUAUGAAAUGGUUAAUGCAUUAGGUGAAAUAGAUAAAGGAGUUCAUCAGGCAUCUCAUGCAAUCGAGGAAACGUCUUCAGGCCAUGGAAAAGAAAGCUUGAAUGUUUUUGUAUUCAGAUUCUUCAAUGUUCACUGUUUUUUGAAAAGUCAAAGGAGUCUCCACUGAAGAAUCUGAUGAUCCUCGUGUGUUUGAGUCUGGAAAUGAAGCGGUCAUCAUGAACCAGUGAGCACAGAGGAGUUCCUUGAUUGUUGGAUUCUUGAUCGUGUGUUUCUUCAUUCAUAAUGAAGCUCGCAUUAUUAAGCGUAUCUGUCCCGCUCAUAUCCUACAAAUGUUUUGGCGAGCAUAUCUUUACAUAUUUAGCCGUCAUCAUCUGGCUUCUGCUCUUGGCUCACAUGCUAAGCCACACACAAAAAGGCUUGUCGGGUGGAUUUGGCCGUGGGGUGCUGGUGACGGGCUGUGACAGUGGAUUUGGACAUCAUCUCGCUAAGAAACUGGACAGCAUGGGUUUCACGGUGUUUGCUGGAUGCUUAAACCCCAACAGUCCUGGGGCUGAGAGUCUGACUGAAGAAGGGUCUGAUCGGAUGAAGAUAAUACGACUGGAUGUGACCAAAGAUGAACAUGUAAAGUUGGCCAAGGACUUCGUGAAGGCAAAUUUGCCAGAGAAUGGUCUUUAUGCUGUGGUGAACAACGCAGGAGUGAGCGACUGGGGUGAAAUCGAGUGGAGUACAGCUGAGGACUUUCAGAAGAUGGCUGAUGUUAAUUUAUUCGGUGCCAUCAGAGUCACCAUUGCUUUCUUGUCUCUUGUCAGGGCUUCUAAAGGUCGUAUGUUGUACGUCUCAAGUAUCUUUUCUUUCUUCAACUGUCUGAAUAUGGGAGCGUACAGCAUGUCCAAGCGAGGACUAGAGGCAUUUGCAGACUGUUUAAGAGUAGAGAUGGCCAGUUUUGGGGUUAAGGUCAGUAUUAUUCAACCUGGAAAUUUUGGUGCCGCCACAAACAUUCAACGCAAGAAAACCUCACAGGACAUAUGGGAUGAGUUUGACGCUGCACGUAAACUUAAAUUCAGCCAGAAAUACAUUGAGAUGGCAUGUGAAUAUUUCCAGUCGGUCUGCUCGUUAGGAUUUAAGGAUUGCACAAUGGUAAUCGAUGCCAUGUUGCACGCACUUACCUCUGCCAAACCUCGAGCUCGAUACCUGCUGGUUUCCUGGCUGGAUUUGUGUUUUUUCUACAUCUUCCCUUUUCUGCCCACAUACAUCACUGAUGCUGUGUUUAGUCUGAGCCCCAUGUAUCAACAUCGUGAAGUUAUGCUUUACUCUUAAAAUUCAAAUAUAAAAACCUUGACAAUAACAUAAACAAAUAAAUAUUACAUUACCAGAUAUGAAUAAAAACAGAGGUUACUUGUUUGCUUUCUAAGAAUGUUUUGUGUAAUUGAUUUUUUUCAGCUUUAACCUCCUUUGUUAAGAAACAUGAAGUCUGCAACAGUGUUAAAUUAUAUCUAAAAUAUAUAUGUAAUAUAUAAAAAAUAUGCAUUAUCAGAAAAAAAUACAUCGCACUGUAAAAAAAUGUUAAACCAACUUGGUUUUGCAAGUCAAUUCAACCUACUCUUUUAAGUUAAGUUUUGGCUCAAAAAAGUAACCAUAACUUAUAAAAUUGUGUUGAAAUUGUUUAACUUAAUUUUUUAAGUUAAAGUUACAUCAAAAUAUGUGUUUAUUUGACAAAAAUCCUGCAAUUUUUUACAGUGCAGCUGUCACUGGAUCAGUACCCUUUUAAAUGAUCCUAAAAUUUAGCAUUAGGUACAGAUAUGUAUACAGUAGGUUAUGUACUUUUAAUAUGAAGUCUUUAGGCCCAAAGCUGUACUUUUCGAAAGGGUACAACCCAAUGACAACUUGGGCACAUAUUUUUUUCUGACGGUGUCCUUAAAUACCAGCAGUUGCAUUUGUAGUACAUUGUUGUUUUGUGCUAAAUAAAAGUGUAAACAUUAUCCACUACAAAUUAAGUAAAUAAAGUAUACUU